GGAACAGUAUAUAGAACAGAUACUUUAAAUUCUACCGAUCAGCGGAUGGUAACAAAUUAUUAUUGUUCUUGUUUGUAUUGUAAAACAAAAAAAAAAGACCAAAUUCAAGAGAGUUAAAUUCGCAUAUAAAAAUCUGUUUAUAGAACAGUUAUUAUAAAAGUGUCGUUAAUAAAACAACUAAAAAAUUUUUUAUAAUUAAAAAAAAAAAAAUAUUAAAUUUUAAUAUAAUAAUUGAAAAUAAUAUAAUUUGGAAUAAAAACAAAAAAAUUCAUAAAAUUUUAAAAAAUAUUUUGGAAUAUUAAAAUAAGAAAAAUUAAAAUUAAAAAUACAUAAAAAAUGAAAAUGAAAGUUUGUGUUAUUGGAGCUGGAAUAGCUGGUCUAUGUUCAGCAAAAACAGCAAUACAAAAUGGAAUGGAAGUAGUUGUUUAUGAACAAGCUAAUGAAGUUGGUGGAACAUGGGUUUAUACAGAUGAUAUUGGAGUGAAUGAAUUUGGUAUUGAUGUACAUAGCAGUAUGUACAAAGGCUUACACACAAAUUUACCGAAAGAGAUUAUGGGAUAUCCAGAUUUUCCAAUACCAGAUCAAGAAAAAUCUUAUAUUCCAGCAUCCGAUAUUCUAAAAUUUUUGAAUUUAUAUGCUGAUCAUUUUAAUGUUAAAGAACACAUAAAAUUUUUACAUCAUGUUAUACGAGUUAGACCAAAAGCUAAUCAAUGGGAAGUUAUUGUCAAAGAUUUAAAAAAUGAUAAAGUAAAUACAGAAUUUUUUGAUUUUGUUAUGGUUUGUAAUGGUCAUUACCAUACACCAGUUAUACCAAAUUAUGAAAACAAAGAUAAAUAUAAAGGAAAACAAAUACAUAGCCAUGAUUAUAGGUUUCCGGAUCCUUUUAAAGGUGAAACUGUUUUAGUUAUUGGUGCUGGACCAAGUGGUAUGGAUUUAGCAAAUGAAAUUUCAUUGCUUGCUAAAAAAGUUGUUGUAAGUCAUCAUUUACCAGAACAACCAAAAUCAAAAUUUAGAAAUAAUGUUAUUCAAAAACCAGAUGUAUUAAGAAUGACUGAAAAUGGUGUUGAUUUUAUUGAUGGAACACAUGAUGAUUUUAGUAUUAUAUUUUAUUGUACAGGAUAUAAAUAUUGUUUUCCGUUUUUAAGUAUGGAUUGUGGUGUACGUGUUGAAGAUAAUUUUGUUCAACCCCUAUAUAAACAUUGUAUUAAUAUUAAUAAUCCUACGAUGGCAUUUAUUGGUUUACCAUUUUAUGUUUGUGCAUCACAAAUGAUGGAUUUACAGGCACGUUUCGUCUGUAAAUUUUUCUCAGGUCAAAAAGAAUUACCAAGUAAAAAAGAAAUGCUUGAGGAUACAGAAAAAGAAAUGAAUGAACGUUGGAGUCGUGGUUAUAAAAAACGUCAAGCACAUAUGAUGGGAGCCGAACAAAUCAACUAUUAUAAUACUUUGUCAGAAAAAGCAGAAAUUGAGAACUUAAAACCUGUGAUCACAAAAAUACAUAAUGAAAGCAGCCAACGUUUUAUUGAUGAUCUAACGAAUUUCCGUAAAGAAGUUUUUCGAAUUAUUGAUGAUGAAACAUUUAUUAAAAUUAAAUGAGUUUGUUAUUAUGUAUAUAGAUAAUAAGUAGGCCACUCUAUACCUACAUACUGUAGAUCAACUCAAAUAUUAAUAUAUUAAUGAACGUGAUGAUAAUAUUGAUAUUUUCUUUUUAUAAAUGUGUAAUUAUUUUUGAUAUUUUUAUUUUUAAUUAAUAAAAUCAAAAUUAAAAAUA